CUUCUCACUACUUCGCGAUUUACCCAACAGCUGAUCAGGAGAAAGCUGAAAGGGCUGGGAAGAUACUGAAAUUCUAAGAAUAAUUAACAUCUUUUUUUGCAGUUGUACUUUAUAAUUAUUUAAGAAAUAUGGCAGAGACCGACCCAAAAUCGGUGCAGGAUCUUACAGCAGUGGUGCAGACGUUGCUGCAGCAGAUGCAGGAUAAGUUCCAGACAAUGUCAGACCAGAUCAUCGGGAGAAUUGAUGAAAUGAGCACCCGCAUCGAUGAUCUAGAGAAGAAUAUUGCAGACCUAAUGACUCAGGCAGGAGUGGAAGAGAUUGAAGGGGAGAACAAGGUCAAAGAGGGAGAGGCCUCCUAGUAAAGAAUCCUGAGUAGCAAAAACUAUCAACACUCUUCAGGAGCAGCAAGAUUUUCUCUAUGGUGACUAACAUAUUUUGGUUUGAUGUGAUGCUUUUUUUAAUAUUUAGAGUUUAAAGUCAGUCCUAAUCCUGUGACUGGAAGCCACCUUUCCCCCCUUUUUCUGUAACGGAUUGCAAAGAACUUUUUAAACAUGACAUCCAACUGUAGAACCGAGCCCUGCGUUACUGUAAUAGCACUAGCCCAAGUGCCAACCUAACACCAUUCCUGUUAAAGUGAAUUUGUUGUUGAAAUAAAGUUGUUUCUUAAAA